AUGGAUUUCUUUCUCCUGGCCUGCACCGGAGAGAAAAACGUGUUCACGGUGCAGGAGUGUUGCACCCCCUCGUGGACCAGACCCUCCUGGAGCAGAAGCAAAUCAAACAGCACGACCCCUCGCUCAGCUGGGAGGCUGCUGAGCGCUGAGGUUCACGGUCCUCCAUCCCGCAUCGAGCUCUUCUGCGAGGACCACGAGGAGGAAGAGGGGGAGCUGCUUCCCUCCUCUCGCCGAUUGGCCCCGGUCGCUCUUAAACCUGCCACUCACGGAAAUCACCAGCAGGCUUUCCACCAGAACCUCUGGAGCUCCAAGGCGGCAGCAGAGCAACCGGAUCAUAAUGGGCCUGCUCUCGAUCGCAUCGAAUCUGAGUCCAUGCUCCUGCACCAGCUCCAGCCCAGCAACCCAACCACAGCUGAACCGACUCCGCGAUCUGUCAACUUCUCGAGGAACCACACGCCGAGGCAGACGCGUGAGGCGGCGGCCCAGCCCAGCAGGUCGGAGGCUUCGAGGGUGUCAAAGGCGCAGGACGUGAUCCUGAUCGAGUGCGACAUCGUGUCCCCUGCUUCAGCUCCCCCGACGCACAGGGGUCAUGAGGAGAGCCAGGGAGAGGAGAGCAACGAGAGGCAAGAGCAGGUUCCUUCGCAGAGCCCGAUGAAGCAGGAGGAUAGGGAGACGUUCCUGUGGGCUUGA